AUGGAGUGUUGGAAGAUAGUAUGUCUUUCAUCGGCUUUUCCGAUUUUGUUAAUACUCUUUAGGCAUCGAUUCCGUAUUUUUGAUGAUAAGGUUGGUUUCCACCCAACAACACCGCCGAUUGAAUUGAUGAAUGAUGAUGAUGAAGCAUCAACCUGUCCGAUUUGUAUGGACAAUUGGACCACCGGCGGCGAACACCGACCUUGUUGUGUACCAUGUGGUCACAUCUACGGUUUGUCCUGUAUCCAGACCUGGCUAAACCGACGGGGCAGUUGCCCCCAAUGCAAUCGCAGCUACAAAACCGAAGACAUUCGGGUGCUUUUCGCGGCCCGAAUCGUGGCUCUUGAUGAUCAACGAGAUCUGCGCGAAAAGAUUCAAUCGCUUGAAUCCAAAUGCGCGGCUUAUCUCGAUGAUCAGCAAGAGUUACAAGGCAGGAUUCGGACUCAUCUUCGUGACCGAAAGGAGUUACAAGAGAAAAUCGGAAAGCUCGAAGCCGAAUGCGAUGCUCACGAGGAUCAUCAGCAAGAGUUGCGCGACAAGAUUCGGACUCUUGAAUCUGCUCUUGAUGAUCAAGAAGGGUUGCAAGAGAGGAUUCGAUACGCGGAAUGGUUUAGUACAGAGAAGGAAUGGCUAAAGAGAGAACAGGAAUGGUUUAUGAAAGAGAAGGACUGGGAAAAGAAAGAAGGGGAUUUACAGAAGCAGCUGAAAAAUCUUGGCACAAUUACACAGUUCAUCUUGUGGAGUUGGUUGAGGUCAGAAGAAGCACACAAAAGGGACAUGGAUUCUACUCUAUAUUUCGACGGAGAAGAGAGUCAGAGUCGGUUUAGUAUCAGGUGGAUUCUUCGUAAAUGGCGAUUCUGUUCUUCAUAG